AUGGCAACAAUCUCCGAUUCUCGGUCCGGCGGCGGCCCCAUUCGUCGGAGACGGAGGCGGCCGCCGCCUAAAACACGUCACUGGUUUGCGGACGUGUUUAUUCGUCCCGCUCGGGCGCUAGCUUCCACCGCGAGCUCGAUCCUGACCGCCGUCUUCUCUGAAAGCGAGGAGUCCUCGUCUGAUUGGGACGGCGAGUGUGAUUCAGAUGAAUGUGAUUCAGACAAUGUUAGUGGGCAUGGAACUGAUUCUAAUGUGAAGAAUGAUCUGAAAAUGAAAAAGGGGCCUUUUCCGGAUGUUUCACAAAAAAGGCAAGAAUCUGAGUUUAUUGUGUCCAAGACUGAAAACAAACAGUUAAUAGAGCAGCUCAUCAUGCAAGAGUCCUUUUCGAGGGAUGAGUACACUGGACUGAUAGAAGUUCUUAAUUCACGGGUUACGGACUCGUCAACGGAAGCAGGUGCAAAAGCAUCACUAGUUAAAACUGCUGAUUAUGAAGAUUCCCAUAAAUUCACUCAAGCUGCUCAAGAAUCAGAAAAAUGGUUCCAAGAGAAUCAAAUGAGUGAGUUGGAGCCUGCUACAGCUGGUAACGUAGCACCUCCCCUUGUAGAUCCACACUCGACUAAGAUAAAUGGGACACCAUUAACCGAGUUAGCUGAAUCCAGACCAAGAUUGUGUAAUUUGUCUCCAGGAAAGUCGAAGUCUAUAAGCAACUCAAGUGAAACUUGCAUGGAAAAACCUGUUGUGAUUGAAAUUGAUUGCAAUACAAGUGGUUCUCAUAAAUGUUAG